GUGAUUUUAGAAUCCCACUGCUGAUGAUGAUUGCGAAGCGUCUACUUGAAAUAAAAGGGACACGAAGCGCGGACUAAUAUUCUUGGAGCUAGGUGGACAUUUAAAACCAAAUAAAUAAUAAACAGAAUAAAACAAGGUAGAAAACUCAAAACAGAACAUUUGUUUUUGUCGGCAAAAGUAACAUGAGUAAUGAAAAGGGGAAUAAACCUCUCGUUAUAACGGGUGAAGCAUCAGAAACAGAGAGCGAAGAAGAAAUAUCACCAGAGCUUCAGAUGCAUUUAACUAAUUCCAUUCAGGGUGCUGUUAUCUUAGGAGAGGAUUCCGAAUCUGAUAACGAAAAUGAAGGUAGUAUUGCCAGUGCUGUAUCUGCUUUACAGCUUUUGGAAGAAAUAAGUGAUAACGAAAUUGUCGAUCACGAUUCAUUGCUACAGCAAAAACUAUGUGAAUCAAAUGUCUCCCUCUACACAAAUAUUGAGUCUUUUAUUCAGUCCACCGUGGAUGAAGCUGGAAAAAACCUAAAUGCUAUAGAGCACCAACUUUUAAAAUCUCAAAUCACAUUACAAGGCGCAGUUUCUUCAUUGAAAACCCUCAGCGUAAACUCCUUAACAUUAAAAAAUAAGUUGCAUUCUUUGUUAACGUCAAAGUUUCUUCCGAACAUCAGCAAUUCUAAAAAACUUGACGGAGGUUUGUAUUAAUUCAACUUGGAAGUAGGUCAACUGGGAAUUAAAAGUUUGAAGGGUUUACAACUUAAAAAAGAUUGAAGGUGCUUUGUGUGACACAGCCAUCAAUCUGCUGUUAAAAGUGAUAUUACAGUGAAACUUGUACUUAUAGACUUCCUUACUCAUAAAUACUCGAAAUAUAACAAAAAAUAACAAAUGAGGCGGCUAGAAUAAAAGUCUAUUGGUGUUUAAAAAGUCAGCAAAAAGGUAGAAAACUCUUUUAUGUUGGUCUGUUACUAUGGCAGUUAUUUUUUGGGUUUAGUUUGUUUUUUCAAAAUGUAUAAUAUAUUUUUUAAAAUUUUGUAAAAUGUACUUAUACCCAUUUUAUUCUAAACGUUUUUGGAUACAAAAUUAUACUACUAAAAGUGAUUUAGAAUGCUCUUUAUUCAACUUAAACAUCAAAAAUCUCUUAAAACAAACACGUAAAUGAAACACUAUUCAUUAUCUGAAUAUAAUCUUCGGUAUCUUCUUCAUCGUCAUCUGCCAUACUUGUCUCUGGUAACUGUUCUUCUGGCUUUUCCGCUAAUGUCUUCUUUUUUUCUAUUGGAAUAGUCGCCUUACUACCAGAACUUUUCUGUUUUUUACUUUUUCCUUUGCCCUUUCCUUCAUAUUCAAUAUUAUUAUAGAAUUCGUGAUAUAUUGGAGGAAUAAACUCCAAUAAGGAUUGUAAGUUCUUCCACUUAGCUUCUUUUAUUUUUAUAGCCCUUUUGUUUAGCAAAGAAAAUGCAUUUUUAAAGUUUAAAUUUGGCCUACCUGUUGUUUUGCAAGGACAGAGAUAUGUAUAAAAUAGCACCAUUGGAUCCAAUAAUGAUUUGUGUUUAAAAGAAAAUGUCUCUGCCUCUUUUGAAUAAAAGAAGUACUGAAUUUCCCUCCAUCUGAUUACAUGAUUAUCAAUAUCUUUUUUAGGGUCACUUAUAAUUUGGUUUAAUUGAGCAAAACUAUAAAAGUUUUCCUUUUUCAUCUCAUGAACUGUAAAUUUUUUAGAGGAUUGUUGUAUGACGUCAUCCAGUGUUCUGGUAUAAAAAUUUGCGUUAUUUUACGUUUAACCUUUUCAAUAAUACCAAAAUCCUGGUCACACUCCAUAAACGUAUGUUCGGGCUCCAAAAAUUUGUGAUGAAUCUCUUGAAUUUUAGUAGAUUUUACCAGGAACAUAAAUAAUUUUGCUAUUUUUUUAUUUUAUCCACCACAGGAAUCACUAUAAGCUAUUAUUUUAGUGAUAGUUGGAGGUAGAACUUCAUUGAUAAAAUGAAUCAAACAUGAAUCAAUUUCUUGUGAUCCUCUCGAUGCAACUGUCUCGUUCCAAACAUACAUAUGCGAUUUUCCAGUUACCAGGUUAUGUACACAGAAGUUAUAAGUCCAGAGUUGCCUAAGAUGAAAAACUUUUGAGGUGGUUAUAAGUGGAGUGGGUAGGGCUUGCUGGAGAUCAAAGCACACCACAUAUGUGUCAGCAGAAUCUUUAUUUUCCAGAAUAUCUGACUUUUUCACAGCCAAUGCCUUCUCAGCUUUUCUAUGAUGAAGGUCCUGUUGUACUUUUACCUUCUUGAUUUUAAUUUUGUCUUUAGAAUGUUUAAUAAUAUUUGCAUAGCUAUCACACCUACUGCACGUGUCGGAAUUAGGGCGGUGAAAUCUGAAAUUAAAUUCUGUAUUAAAUAUGUAUCUGUAAUAAGAUUCUUUUACAGGAGUAGCAUUGCUCUCUAUGCAAUACUCUUUAUACAAACUAUACAUUUUUUUUAAAUUCAGGUCUGAUGCCAGACUUAGGAAACAUUUGGAUAUGUUCCAUUGGGUCAUUCUCAUUUAAAGUCGUCAAACCAAUAGUGAAAAUCGUUCAUUACAAAAUAUUUAAUAUUAUGCAAAAAAACAAACAAAUCAUUUUCUAAUCAUGUUUUAUAACACAAUUUGGCAAAAGCAGUGCAAAUUUUUUUUUAUUUUACCCAUUUUUGAGUGAUUCUGCUUACUGAACUUUGUCAGGUUCAUCACUAUUUCUUAAAAGUCAGAAAAUUAGCCUUAGACCCAGGUUAAGAAUUCUUUUUAAAACAUUAAUUAUUGCAAGAAGCCGAUGGGUAAUUUAUUUUUUUUUAGUUUCUAUUUUUCUAUAAAAAGCAAUACCAUAUUUUAUGUGUUUUUCUAAAUAGUGACGAACCUGACACUGAUGUAACAAACCUGACAAUGAUGCUAAAAAUUGAUAGAAAACAAACACAUUUAAAUAAUAAUUGUUUUUUUUUAUUAAAUGGCUCCAAUUACAAAAACGUUUAACCAAAAAUGUAAAUUCUAAAUUUAACCAAACAUAAUAAAAUAAACUCUAAAUUUUAAGUAACUCAUAACAAAUAAUAAAAUACUUAGGUUAAAUUAGUUGAUGCUUUCCCAUUUUCAAGCCAAAACGGCGUUUUAAACUGUAAAAUUCGUUUAGUUGCAUCAAUACAACCCACUAUAUCUUCAAAUUUAUACCAGAUCUUGUCUUCCUUGAUUGGCCAAAUGUAUUUAUUGACUCCUACAGAAUGCAGAACUUUAACUUCACAGGAUUCAUCGUUAUUUGUAUCAGUAACAACGCCCGGAUAUAUCACAUUGUUAUAUUUAACAAGCAGCCAUUGAUCAAUUUUUACAUUUUCAAAGGUCACAGGUAAAAAUUGUUGUUGUUGAAGCUGUUGUUGAGGAGUGGUAUCUUCUGGGUUAUCGUCUGAAUCUACAGUUUCACAGUCUUGAUAAUACAUCCGUUGCAAUGAAUGACAAUCACAUGUUGUAGGCAAUUUCUUGCAAAAACACGAUAAUUCGCGUCCAUAUAAAUCGGACUCAGAAUCUUUCAAAAUAAUUUGACCUACUUUCAUAAUGCCUUUAGUCAUUUUGUAACGAUUAUUUAUUUCUUUUUUGGAAUCAAAGUUAAUGACAUCUUCUAAAUCGAUCCAAUAAAGUUUCACAUUUACUUUUCCUUGAAGAAUCCUAAAUAACGCUUCUGCAUCUGGAAUGUCAUUCCCUUUACAGACAAGUCCAUCAGCUACUCUUUUGACUGCAGCUCCAACACCAUCCGGAGCACCCUUACCAUGCGAAGCCUCUGAAAAGUUCCAUGAAGCAUUUGAAAAUCCAUAAUCUCUAAAAUAUGUAUUCAAAUAAAAAAAAUUGUCCUUGUUGCGGUAUUGUGAUGUUGGGCCAUCACUAAAGAAGUUAACAGUUUGCACACCAUUUUGUUUUAGUUCUUCUAAAACAGGACGUAAGUGGGCCCAAAUAGCAGGAGGGUCAUGCCGAGUACAGGAAGAAAUGGUACAUAUACUUUCAGGAGGUUUAUUGUCAUAGUAAACUACAACGGUAUGGAGACUGGCCUGGUUGUGUGAGGAACCGAAAUGCAUUGCCUGUAUUUCUGAACUCAUUUUGCAUGAGUAAUUUUCAGAAAAAUCUAUAUGUACAGCAGCCUCUUCAUAAGUUAGAUCAGAAAUACAUUUUUGCCUUUGACUGGCUUCAUGAUUUUUUUUAAAGACAUGCCAACAGAACAUUGUUUUUAGUUCUGCAUUAAAAUUUGUGCAUAGGUUCUUUAGCAUUCCAGAUUCACGGAUAAGCUUUGUUUUAUUAACAAAAAAUGUUUUGCCUGAUUUGCUCCUUUCCUCUUUUUCAAGUUUCCAAAAGUUCCAAUUAACUAAUUUAUUUGGAUCUUUAAUAUCCGCGAGGAUUAUAGCGGCCUGAUCUUGGCAUUUUGGGCAGAUAUUUUUCAUGCAAUCUUUUGAUUUUACAUCACACGUAACCAGCUUACAUACGUUUUCGAUGUUGCGUUCUGUGCAUAUUUUUUAUUUUACUAAAGUAUCCAGUUUAUGCUGUAUAUUGGAAUGUUUUUUGCACAAGCAAGAAUCUCUAUCGGAAAGUUUUGGUUUCACAACCCAACAAGGUCUAUGCUUGCAAAAUGUCGCAAAACUAAUUUUACUACAAGGAAACUCUUUGCAAAACUUUUCAUAAAGAUUUUUAAGGGUUUCCUUUAGCAAUCUUUUCUGAUAUUUGAUCUUGCCUCGUGUUACUGUUUGUUUUUUUCUCGGUGUUAACGUAGUUAUGUCAUCUCUAUUAAAAAAGUCUCGUAUUUUUUUAUGAAGUGGAUGUAAAGUAAGUCGACAUCUUCCUUUCCCUUUUGACAUUGUAGUUGAAGAAUGACAUUGGAGUACCUUUUUAGUUCUUGUUAAAAAUUUAUAUUUUUUGACAAUGGUUCCACUAGUGGCUCUAGAAAUAAUUUGCUUUUCUUUUUCGUUGUUUGUUUUUGAGUAAUUGUCUUUUAUUUGUGCAACUAGUGCAUUAUGAAAAACUAGAGUUUUUUUUACAGUUUCAGGAACAUUAUAUCCUUUGGUAUCUUGGAUGGCUUUACUGUAAGGACUAGCUGUUUCACUUUUCUGACUCCCUGCCACAACAUUCUUUUUCUGGUAUCGCUGGCAACGUUUCUUAUACUUCCGUAAAGACUGCUUUGUUUUUUCCAAGUCUUUUUCCAAACGCUUGAUUUUCCUGUAUGCAGCAGUUCUGUCCUUGCGAAGUCUCUUGCUUCCGGAAGACCUGUUAGCCUCUAAGUAAGAUUGAUUUCUUGGAGGUUCAUUUACUAUUCCAACAUCUUCCAUAGGAAUAUGAUCGGGCAGGGGUAUCGGACUUCCCGGUGGAGUAUUUUGCUGAAGAAAUUGGUCCUGUUCACGUUCAUGUUUUUUUAUCUGCCGACUUUUCUGUUGGUACAAUCUCCAUUUUUUUCUUUGGUAACGCUGCUCCCUAUCGGAAAGUUCUUCUAUAGACUUUUUGGACUUCUUUGCCCUCUUUCGGCUUUUUUCCAAAUAUUCUUGUCUUUUUUCGGGGUUUUCUUUCAGUUUUUCUCUAUAACGCCUUGCACGUUCAGCCGGUGUUAACGGCAUUGCUGAAAAUAAUGUCUACUUUACUACUUUUAACGUCAGGUUCGUCACGAACUUGUCAGCUGCGUUACGAAAGAAUAGUAACGCAGCUGACCGUGACGAACCUGACAUUUUAUUAAAAAUAAGACUAUUUGACUAUGACCGGCGACCGGUAUUUUAUUGUAAACAUAACCUAACUUUUAGUUUGCUUUGGUUAACAAAAUACAAUAAUUAGUUUUAAGAAAAUAUAAAGAAAUUUAAAGUUAUUUGCGUGACGUAACUGACAAGCAAUAAACAUACUCACCUUAAAGUCACAAAAAAACACUUUUUUAAACACAGUAUUUAACUGAAAAAACACUUUCUUUACACUGCGUAGCGACACUAUGGUUUCAUUUAGCAAGCAGGUGGUUAACUGGAAAUAGUAAAUUGGUCCAUAUAAGAAUUUUACGCUUUCUUAAUAGUAGUGACGAACCUGACAUAUUUUUUAGAGACAAUACUUUGAAAGAAUUUAAUAAAUACGAAAAGCAAAGACGUGUUUCCUAUCUAUAGGCGAAAAGUUAAAAAUUAAAUCAAUAUUUUUUAGUUAUCUAAGUAAAGCCUAAGUAAAAAACAAUUCCUUAACGAAAAAUCAUGAUAGUAUGAAAGCAACUAAGAAAGAGACCGUGACGAACCUUGACAUUUUGUGACUUUAAAAUGAAAUAAAAUUACAUUGAUAAAAUCAAGAUAUAUUAUUUCCUAAACAUGUGAUUAAUCCGUGUUUAGUUUUUAUUUUAAAACAUCUAAUCGACACUAACAAACAAAACCUGAAGAAAAAAGUCUUGAAGACAUCAAAUAUCAAAGUUAAAUGAGAAUGACCCCAUUACUAAUUUUCGACGUGCAGGUUCCAUUUUUCUGCCAGGACCUAUACCGCUCUUGUCCUUGGCGCAUAUGCGAUUUAUAUCCGUUAUUGCACAAACCGUUGUAAACCUUUUGUUACUUAUGUCAAGGGUUUUGAGAAAAAAUAUCUUACACACUCGCUUAUGUCGAAGGUAUAUUUCAGUACUAAACUGCUUGUUAGUAGCGGCGUUGUUUCGUUAUCUUUGAAUGUCUUUUUUCCUUAUGCAUGAAGAAAUAAAACCAUUUUGUAGAUUGUAAUCGGCCAAUACAUAAAACUGUUGAAAUAUUUCUUGUCUGUCAUCUUCAGAAAUAUUUGUGCUACACUUGUAUCUGCAAGUGUGUUCAUAGGGCUUAACACUACGUUGGAUAUGUGGCUUAUUUUUAUGACCAAUAUACGCUUUUCCUGAAUUUCUAAGCGU